AUCAUUUAGAUCUGAAACUAAACGGAUCAAUGAACAACAUGAUCAUCAGGUUGAUAUUGCUUCUGGUGUUUGUUGGAUGGCUCAUAGUUUGGAUUAUGGUGCCAACAAAAACUUACAAAUAUACCUGGAAACCCAACCUUGACGCCAAUCUCACGUCAACUUAUUUUGGAGUGCAAGGGACAAAUCUGCUGCUUUUCGCUUUCCCAAUGAUGUUCGUAGCAGCCUUGAGCUGUGUUUAUCUUCAUCUAGUUCAGAAAAAAUCACAAAACUCCAACGAGAUCAGGUCGUCGGUUGCUGCUGGCUUCUGGAGACGUCCGGUGGUUGUAACGGCUCCUCUGGGGGUCGUCACUGCGAUGGAGCUAGGGUUUGGGGUGAUGUUUACUUCACUCUUGGUUUGGUCUCUAGCUAACUACUUGAUUACCAGCUUCGGCAACCUCCAUAUGCAUAUGAAUAUGAUGAGCAUGGAUAAAGUAUGGCAAAGCAAGUUUCGAAGUGUAUCGUUGAGACUUGGGUACAUUGGGAACAUAUGCUGGGCGUUUCUCUUCUUUCCUGUGACUCGAAGCUCUUCGAUUUUACACAUGUUUGGGCUCACAUCGGAGUCGAGUAUAAAGUACCAUAUUUGGCUUGGCCAUCUCUCCAUGCUUCUAUUUUCUGUACACACCGUAGGCUUCAUCAUCUACUGGGGCAUGACUCAUCAAAUGGCUGAAAUGCUAGAAUGGAGCUCGACUUAUGUAUCAAACGUAGCUGGAGAGAUUGCAAUUGUGUUUGCAAUGGCAAUGUGGGUGACAAGCAUUCCUCGUGUCAGACGGAAAAUGUUUGAAGUAUUUUUCUAUACGCACCAGCUAUACCCACUCUAUAUCUUGUUCUACGUAUUACAUGUUGGUGCUUCCUAUUUCUGUAUGAUCCUUCCCGGAAUCUUCCUCUUUGUCAUUGAUCGAUACUUGAGAUUUUUACAGUCUUCCCAACACGCUGCUUUAGUCUCAGCACGGGUUCUACCUUGUGAAACAAUUGAGCUCAACUUCUCCAAGAGCAAAGGAUUGGAUUAUAAUCCUACUAGCAUCUUGUUCGUCAAUGUGCCUAGCAUAUCAAAGUUGCAAUGGCACCCAUUUACAGUGAAUUCAAACUCUAACAUGGAGGCGGACAAAAUAAGUGUUGUGAUCAAGAGUUUAGGAAGUUGGUCUCAAAAGCUUUAUAAGCAACUGGCUUCUAAUUCGGUGGAGCAUAUCCAAGUUUCUGUUGAAGGACCUUAUGGACCUACUUCAUCUCAUUUUAUGAGGCACAAGGGUUUAGUGAUGGUAAGUGGAGGCAGUGGAAUUACUCCUAUGAUUUCCAUAAUCCGAGAAAUUAUUUUCCAAAGCACUAAACCCGACUGCCAUGUUCCAAGUGUACGGCUGAUUUGUGCAUUCAAGAACUCAGCUGAUCUCUCACUGCUGCAACUAUUGCUUCCACUUUCUGGCACGCCUUCUGACCUUACCCAGAUACAAUUGCAAAUAGAAGCCUAUGUUACAAGGGAGACAGAGCAGCAGCCUCCAUCUUCCCAAAAGCCAUCCCAAACUUUAUGGUUUAAGCCAAACCCAUUGGAUUUACCGAUUUCUGGUGUUCUAGGUCCAAAAAGUUGGUUAUGGCUUGCUGCUAUUAUCUCAUCCUCAUUUGUCUUAUUUCUCAUUAUUUUGGGCAUGGUCACUCGUUUCUAUAUAUACCCGAUUGACCACAACACUGGUGAUAGUUACCAUUACUCCUUCACUUGCCUUUGGUACAUGUUUUUGGUCUGUGCCUCCAUUUUUAUAGUCUCUAGUACAGUUUUCAUCUGGUGCAAGAACCAAAAUGCCAUGGAAAGAAAUCAAAUUCAGAAUAUAGAAGUACCCACAGAUACAAUUGAUGAUAGAGAACUUGAAAGCUUUCCCCUUCAUCAUGAGUCCCUGAUUGCUCAAGCUACCCAGGUGCAUUAUGGAACAAGGCCUGAUCUCAAGAAAAUUCUGUUGGAAACUAAAGGAUCUGAUAUCGGAGUGUUGGCUUGUGGCCCAAAGAAGAUGAGACAUGAGGUUGCCAAACUUUGUUCAUCCGGUUUGGCACAGAAUCUGCACUUUGAGUCUAUUAGCUUUAACUGGUGAUGCAUACAUGUGUAUUACGCAUAUUGCAUGCUAGUUAUAAGUUAUAACCAAGCUAAAACUCCGUGUGUAUAAAUAAAGAUGCUGCUACAGCCUUCAGUCUUUCCUUUGCUUCAAGAUCUUGUUAAAUGUAAAUUGCCUAUAUAUGCUGGAAACUGUGUAGUGUAAUAUUGGAACCUAUAUAUGCUGGAAACUGUGUAGUGUAAGAUAAAUAAUGUCCUGGCACAUGAUCUAUGGAAAACAGUGUAAUUCUCUUAGCUUUUUCAUCACACAGUGUACAUCGAUCAUCUAUUAAAAACGAAUACAACGGGGAGCAAACAAUGUCCUUUGUGCUAUCUCGGGUGCUGUUUGAUUUGGCCACUAAAUAACUCCGAGGCCAUCAACUAAUCGUAUCAAGUUUUCAUCUGUCAUUCACUACCUGUCUACUCUUGUCUUUAGUACAGGACCCGUUGCCAGGCCGGCAACCUUGUCCGCCUGCUCGAUUGCGGUGUGCGCUAGCUCACUUGCGAACUCCUCGUGGUGAUAUCGACGCACAUAAACGACAAACUGGGAGGACCUUAACAACUUGGUGUAUGUGAGUGAGAGACUUAUCAUUUGAGGGGAAAGGUCAAGUUAACAACCCUGCAUGUGUUAAGGAUGCAAUUUAGCGUGGUGACAAAGAAUUACAUGGGCAACUUAGCAAUGAGGAAUAGUUCAAAGGUUAGCUUUUGCCUUGCAUCAGAUUUGCCAUUUUUGGUCGAAUUUACUUUGUUUGUUUUAGCCUCAA